UUUCUUCAUAUCACAUACUUAGUUGAACGUUUCUCGUAGGCCCAACAUUUACACUCUCUCCCCUGUCGAUAUGUCAUCCUUUUGUAUUUUUUGGUGACGAAUCAAUUCGCUCUACUCGAUUAGAAUAUUCACAGUUUAAUUUAGCCUUUUAAUUUCCUUUCCCUGGUUUUCGUUUCGUUACGGUUGAUAAGUUAUUACGAUUCUUCGCGGGUUUGUGCCUUUUAUGUAUGCUCAAAUAAAAUUAUCUACGUGAAGUGAAUAUAGUUUUUCCCUUUCGAAUGGUCCAACAAACUCACGUUCAAGAUACAUUUUUAUUGUAAUACAAUGAAAUUGGCACCCGGCCCUGUUGUGUCGGGGCGUGAAGAUGGCACUAGCAAUGUUCUGACGUCAUUGAUAGGCUCGGUGGCGCUACUACUGUGCAUGGUCUUCGCCAUUCUUGGAAUUAAAUUAAAAUGGUUCAAGCAUCGUUUGAGUUUCCAACAGAUACCAGGCUCCUCGAUGAGAGGUGGCAACAGCAGCAGUUUGCAGAAUGGCGAGGUUGUGCCUCUGCAGGGCGUCUUCCGACGAAAAGAGGAUGCAGACUCAUUUAUUGAAAUCGAAAGACCUAAAACUCUACCACCAAUUCGAAUUCGUUCAACUGACGUUCAUAUUCCUGUCCCACAUCAGCAAUCGCAAUUCGCCCAUGCAUCCUCCAAUUCAAAAGCCAACAAUCAACCACCAACCCCGCCACCUAUGCCAACUUCUUCAACAGCAGUACAACGUACAGAAAAUCGAUCCCAAAAAAGCAGUCGUUCCCAGUCAUCAUCACGAUCCAAAUCAUCUGAACGCAGCAAAAAAUCAGACGACCAAACUACAAGCAGUGUCAAAAGCAAUUCAUCACGAAAGAAAAAAGGACAUGAAGAAUCCAGGUCAAAGACCACUUCAACACCACCAGCACCUCCACAAUAUUCCGAAGUUAACAAAAAACGUCGGGAGAAAGAUAAGGACAAAACUCGUCCAAAUACCUCAUUUGAACCACGAGCUAAGCCUCGAAAUGUCCCGUCAGGACAACACUCAGAUCAAACAAGACACUUUGAAAAGCUCAAGGACGAUCGAAAUGUACCGAAGGGUGAAAAAGGAGGUCGAACAAUCGAACGCCGACCAACAGGAUUCAUUCGCCCCAAUGAGGAAGAAAUGGAAGCAUUAGAAAAACUUUCCAGUAUUGAGGAUCAACAAACCUUCAAUCUACACGGCUUUUCAGAUAACGACGAAGACAAUCAAGCCAUAUUCGAAAAGGUAAAAGCCAAGCCUGCUCCUGAGCCACGAAAGCGUCUUUCAAAAGAAGCCACUUCACCAACUCCUCCAACUCCACCUGUGGCGUCAGUUGCAUCGAAGCCAAGUGAUACUUGGUCAGCAGUCGCUCGACAUCGAAUUCUUACGGAAGAACUGACCAAGCAACAUAGUGCACUUAAACCUGUCGGGUUAGAUAUGCGUUCUAACGGGAUGUCAGAGUUUCGAAAUCCUCUGUCGACAUCACCAUCCGCGGAAGCUAAGCCGCGAACUAUGCGUGAUAUGAAGAAGAAUAAGGAGAUAAUGUCGCAUAACGAUCGAGUCGUUUUAGGACAAGAACAACGAGACGAUACAGAAGCCUGAAAAGAUAAGACUAGAGUGUAAUUUAUGCGUGAAUUACCGUAAUAUUAUUUAGAUUGUAAGUGCAGACAAUGCUUCAUUUUAUAAUAAAGUCAUAUUAGGACCGAUUCGGUUUAAAUGU